UUGUGGCAGUCAUGCAAACAAUAGCGUCAAAACUAUACACAGAAACAUGUGUAGCGAAAUGAGGGCAGACAAAAACAUCUAGAAUAUGUUGGUCGUGGUAUUGAUGCGAAAAUGUUAUGUGUUAAACCUUAAUCCGGAAGUUGUGCCUUUUAUUCCGUCUGACUUGACCGAGUUAAGCAGUCGCUCUUUUUGACCAUUGGCUUUGAUCAGAUAAGAGGUUCACGCGGACACAUUCCCCUGCACUUCUGAAGCUACAUUUUGAAAGAUGGAUUGUUCAGAAGAGGUCCAGGCUGUGUUUGAGGAGCCCACCGCUGAAAUGGAGCUAAAAAAGGGAAUGUCGAUUUUCAUUGAUAUUUUACGGAGAGCUGAUAAAAACGAUGAUGGAAAACUUUCCUUUGAUGAGUUCAAAUCCUACUUCUCUGACGGAGUCUUGACAGCUGAAGAGUUGCAGGAGCUCUUCCACACGAUUGACACUCACAACACAGACAAUGUGGACACCGAUGAGCUCUGUGAGUAUUUCUCCCAGCACCUCGGUGAAUAUGAGAAUGUUCUCGGUGCCUUAGAAGACCUGAAUAUGUGCAUACUGAAGGCCAUGGACAAGACAAAGAAGGGCCCUCUGAAGCCAGAGGUUUUGUCCAUCCAGUGGUCGGGUCGCCGCUCCAAUCGGAGGCUCCAGAGGAACAGCAGCCUGUCUCCCAACAACCCUCUCCUCAGUCUCGUCAAUUCAGGUGUUUAUGAAGAAGACAGCCAGUGGAUGGUCCAGGUCAACAGGCUGCAGAGGCUCAUCGACCGUCUAGAGAAAAAGGAAAUCCGCCUGGAGCCCGCUGAAGAGGAGGUGUUGGAGAGCAAAUCGCACAUCCUGAUAGUCCAGAGGCAGCUGUCGGUGCUGGAGGACGAGCUGGAGGAGUUUCGUUUGGCUCUCAGACAGUACAUGGACUGUGCCUGCGCCCAGACUGGAUGUCUACACAUCGCAGUUCAGCGUCUUGCAAAUGAAUCACGCUUCAUUCUCUAUGAAUUCUGGGAGCACAACAACGUGUGGAAGAAUCACCUGCAGACCAACUACAGUAAGACCUUCCAGAGGGGCAACGUGGAUUUCCUGGAAACCCCUGAGAGCCUAAGCACCAUGUUGGUUCCUGCCUCGUGGUGGGUCCUCAACAACAACAACUGAAGAUGGAUGAGGAACCUUUAUAGUCCUAACUGAUGGGAAAAAUCUGCCAACACAUAAGGAAGACCAGGAGCACACACACACACACACACACACACACACACACACACACACACACACACACACACACACAGUAACUCGUGAAGUUAUAGUAUUUAUGACCUUUAUGUUCCUUCAUAGUUGUAGGUGGUAGUCUGAAAUAGUCCAUGCGUGUGUGUUUGUUUAAAUACCUAGACGAUGCUUUGACAUCCUGAAAGAAACGACGACGACCCGUCAGCUGAUCUGACAUCAUCACUGUGUUUGACGUGACACAAUCUGCAGCCCAGGGUAGAUCAUUGGAGCUGAAGCUGUGUGUGUGUGUGUGUGUGUGUGUGUGUGUGUGUGUGUGUGUGUGUGUGUGUGUGUGUGUGUGUAGAGAGAGUGAGAGUGAGAGUGAGAGAGAGAGAGAGAGAGAGAGAAUUGUAUCAUGUGUAGCAGCUCCAGGGAGCUCAUUAAAACAUGUUUCUGUUGUGUCUGUAAUCAAUGUGUCAAACCAGAUAAAUAUCCCUUGGUCAUAAAUA